UUCAAAAAAGUGUUGACAAAGUUGAAUAAAAAAUAAAGAAAUCGUUGUUGAAAACAAUUCCGCUUUAUUCAAAGAUAAUGGCUAUUGAGGAUUGUGGAAUAUUCAUUAAGAGAGAGCUUGAAUCUGUUGGUGAUGAAGAGGUUUUUGAAAGAAAUAUUAUGAAAUUUGAAAUAAGUGAAACUGAAAUGGUCAGUGAAUCUGGAAAAUAUAUGAUUGGUAGUGAAAUGGUUACCCAUAACUUCGAAGAAAAAGUUGAUGUGGAUCAGAUUAAAAGCGAAAAUGUUAUUGAUGUUUACCAUGAACCCAAAUCUGAAAAAUCUAUAGGAGAAAUAACUGAAGGCCCUCAAAAUUCUGGGAACGUUUUUAUCAAAACAGAAGAUGAAACAGUCAUCGAAAAGAAAAAAGAGAGCUUCAAUGAAAAGAAGUCAUCAGCGCUAUGUCAAAAGGGGUUUGGCAUUGCAAAUGACCAUAUUGUGAAACUUGAGAUGGUGCAUACAACAGAGAGACCCAAUGAACAUAUUCAUGCAGGGAAGAAAUCAUUUCAAUGUCUAAAGUCAAUGUCUAAAGUCAUUCAGUAAAAGAAGUAAUUUAAAAGUC